UUUUAAAAGGGAGUUCGGCUCGUGUGUUAUUGCAAAUGUCACAAUCCUUGCUUUAAGACAUUUAUUUAGCUCAAAUGGAACGAAAUUACAAAGAAGACCAAUGUAAUGAAAUAGAAGCUCUUGAUUCUAUAUAUUGUGGAGAGAUGGAGAUUCUCGAAACGGAGCCUUUUCACAAAUUUGGUAUUCCAAUAGCUACUGAAGAGUUUAACACUGAAGAUCAAACAGAGGGCUUAGCUUGUAAAUUGAUUUUCACUUACACCUCCCGAUAUCCCGAUGAAGGUCCUUUGGUAGAUGUUGAAGACCCCAUUAAUUUUGAAGAUGAAAUCCUAGAUGAGCGUCUUGUAGAACAUAUUAAUGAAGUGAUUCAAGAAAAUCUAGGAAUGGAGAUGAUAUUCACGUUAGUGUCCAGCGCUCAAGAAUACUUAAAUUUACGAUGGGAUGAUUUGAAAAAAGAAAAAGAACGAGAGAUCCAACGCAAAUUAGAAGAAAUUGAGGAGAUGGAGAGAAAGAAGUUUGAGGGUACACGAGUUACGGUAGAAUCAUUUCUAAAAUGGCGAAAAGAAUUCGAGAUUGACAUGGGAAUCAUAGAGAAACGAGACAAAGCGCAAAUAUCUGGAAAGCUGACGGGCAAAGAACUGUUUUUACGAGAUAAUACUCUGAACGAGUCGGAUAUAAAAUUCUUAAUUGAAGCUGGAGAGAAUAUUGACAACGUCAAAAUUGAUGAAACAUUGUUCCAGAAUAUAGAAGAUCUUGAAUUAGAAAGUGAUGAUGAAGACGAUGAAGAUUAUGCACCAGGAAAUUAAAAAAAAAUAAAAAAAACUUGGUUGAAUUUCUCAGAGUUUAUUUGACUUCUGAAAUCUGUACACCAGUCAUUUCUAAGUCGUCUAAAUCAAUAUCGGAGUCAUGAUCCUUCUCA